AAACCCCUCUACUUCGCCUACGGCUCCAACCUUUCUCCCACCCAAAUGUCCUCCCGCUGCAUCCACAACCCCGCCUCCUCGAUCCCGCUUGCCAUCGCCCGUCUCCCACGCUGGCGCUGGCUCAUCUGCCAGGCUGGCUACGCGAAUGUCCUCCCGCCCGCGGAAAUGCGCGUCGGACGGCAACUUGAUGCCGACAUCCCCGAGUCGGAGGACGACGAUGUGUAUGGCGUGCUGUACGCCAUGGAUGACAAGGACGAACGCGUGCUCGAUGGGUAUGAGGGGGUGGAUCGGGCAGCGCCAUUGACCGUCGAGGGAGACACCAAUGUGUCCCCCGCCAUUCGGGAGCGGGAGCAGGGCAGGGGCAGUUACAAUAAGUGGGUGGUGGAGGCUGAGAUCAUCCAGUGGAUUGGUGCGGAGAGUACCGGUGCUGACACGAUCCCGGUUUUGGUCUACGUUGAUGAGAAUCGGGUUGAGCGGGCUCCGCCGAAGGAAGAGUACAUCCCUCGGAUGAAUCGUGCGAUUCGCGAGUCGGUGGCAAUUGGCUUCCCGGGUCGUUGGGCCGAGAAGACGAUGAGGCCAUCCAUUCCC